AUGAAUCCCCACCAAGAGGAACCAAAACCGCCGGAGGACAACCAUCAACAACCCGAAUCGAUUGCCAACUCUUCCGAGAACGAGGCGGCUGUUCAUGACACGAGAGAUCCUGUCAUGGUGGCCAGACUUCACAAUCGCGAACACAGCCGACUACUCAAACUCCCCGAAGAGCUCAUACUCGAAAUUGUGAAAAGGGUCAACCUGGAUCUUGCUGUCGACGUAGCGGCCGUUUUCUCCCUCGGUCGUGUCUCUCAAGUUCUACGACGUAUCAUAAAACACGAUCUGGCGGGGCCACUCUGGCCCAGCUUAGCCAUCCUCAGCUCCCGGUACGGUUUUGAGCCUCCGUCUAAUUACAUACGCACUCGCGGUGCCCAAGACGCCAUCAGAUAUUGCCUUCGCAAAGACCUACUCUGCAAGACGUGCUUGCCACGGAACGAUCUCCGAAUGACGAGGAAUGGUAGGGUUGUGCCACGUCACCCGUCUGGCAAGCGCCUCUGGGAUCGUUGCAAGUUUGAAAGCCAUCACGUCAAGGGGAUUGGGCCACUGUAUUGCUCAGGCUGCGAUACUCUCCACCACCACCGAAUGGUCUCGAUUGCAGAGAGGGAGGUAAAAGGUAACCAACGGAUUUGCAUCAUGAGGACGGGGGUGGUGAGGAUAUGCAAGCAUCGGGUAGUCAGCUGGGCUGAUAUAGAGACCCAUGAAAUUGAUCUUCUGACCGAAGAGCCCCAGAUGGUCGGUUCUUGGUUUGAGGUGGAUGUCUUCCGAGAGGCAAAGGCAGCCACUGUACAGCUUAUCGCCUGCGAAGAUCCCGAACAUGAGAGAAGCUUGAAGUUUCAGCUAGAAUUCGUCUCAGAUAAACGGAUCACUUUCUUGGGUGCAGUAAUUUUUUCACAUCACCGGCGGGGUAUCACACCCGGCCUCUGGUCCGACCUAAGGGGCCUGACGGACCAAACAAUGCAGGAUCAGAGGGGUCAGUCAGUCAGGUAUGGGCGUGACGGGGAAGCUUGA